CGAUGGCGCCGCCCCUGCGCGCGGCCAUUUCCGCGCCGGCCCGGCACGAGAGCAGGUGGCGAGUUUCUCCUCUUUCCCUCGUACUGGACAAGUAAAAGCAACACCCGAAUGAAGAUAUGCCCCCCAAGUUCAAACGGCACCUCAAUGAUGAUGAUGUCACUGGGUCAGUCAAAAGUGAGAGGAGAAACCUCCUGGAGGAAGAUUCAGAUGAAGAGGAGGACUUUUUCUUGAGAGGGCCAUCCGGACCAAGGUUUGGACCCAAGAAUGACAAAAUCAGGCAUGUCCAGAACCAGGUUGACGAAGUCAUUGACGUCAUGCAAGAGAACAUCACCAGGGUGAUCGAGAGGGGGGAGCGGCUGGAUGACCUGCAGGACAAGUCAGACAGCUUAUCAGACAAUGCAACAGCUUUUAGUAACCGAUCGAAACAACUCAGACGACAGAUGUGGUGGCGAGGAUGCAAGAUGAAAGCCAUUGUGGUGCUGGUCGCCAUCGCUGUCCUGCUCGUGAUUGUUGUUCCCAUUAUCCUUAAAUAUUGCACUUGACUGGCUGAGAGAGAGCGCUGUGGACACGGCUUCAGGGUGGCAGCAAGCCAGUUUCCGUGGAAGACAACGUGUAUAUAGCUCUGAGGUGUGUGUUUAGCUCCCUGGGAGGCCAGCGCCCAGCUGUGACAGGAGGACCCACCAAUCACUUUCUGCCAAGAAGCCGUUCCUGUGUCAAUACUGAAUCCAGAACUCCAUUGUUGCUGUCUUGGAGCCAGAUACUUACCAGUAUUUCUUUCCUUUUUUUAAAAAAAAGUUUAUAUAUAUAUAUAUAUUGCUAAUUGGUAAUUAUGUUUAUUUAUAAUUUAAACGAUUUCAUACUACUGUAGACAGAUCAGUGGAGGAAGAAUAGGAGAGGGAUGAAGCUGCAUAGCCUCUUAUCAUUGUUUUAAAAACCCAAACUAUUCAGUUGAAUAACUGUGAGAAUGUCACUUUCUUAUGUUUUAAAAAAGCAUAGUUUUGCAAGCAGUUUUCUGUACUUGUUAAGGGAUCCAGAAGCAUUACAUCCUUGGUAUUAUUGCUUAUAAAUGUGACAUAAAAGCAUUCCAGUAAAAACCUAUUUUUGACUGCAA